CAGUGGAUUUGCAUAUCAGCAUCCCAAUUAAAGAUCGGAUCGGAUCAGAACGCACUUUAUAGACGAACCAUGGGCGGAGGAAGUCGGACACUUCAAUUAGUAUUCCUAGCUCUAAUUGCAAUCGCACAAUGGCAGACGAUUGCAGCGGGCCCAGUCUCCAACGAGGAGCUGCGUGGAACCAUCCAGUCGCUGAUCUACUCCUACAACCAGCUGGACAAUAAGUUGGAGCGACACGAGCAUCGGGAACGCGCCUUGGGCGAACUGCUGAAGAAGGCCCUGCAAUCCCUUCAAAAGGGUCAGAAGAGCCUGGAGCCCAUUAAUGGGAUUUUCGGACGACUGGACGAGAGGGUCAGCCAAAUAGAGACCAUGCUGAUUACGCAAGAGGAGAAGUACAAUGCGCAGUCGGAUCGCUUCAACCAGGCCACGGAUCACAUGUUCAAGUGGAUGAGGGAGAAUGACGAGUGCUUCAAGAGGCCACCAGUUAGUGGCAACCUGAUUGCUCCACCAGUUGCGCCCGCUGCUCCCGCCAUCCCGAAAGAGUUCCUGGAGGAGCAGAAGCGCUUCAACGCCAAGUUGCUGGAGGAGAUCCAAAAGCUGAAGGAGAGCAACCAGAAGGCAGCCGACCAAGCGCAAAAGAAUUUCGAAAGUCUGCCCAAGGGACCGGAAUUGCUGUCGCAGAUCGAGGCCAAGUUGCAGGAGCACUCCGCCAGCGUCACCACCGCUGCUCCGCCGAAGGACAACGAGUUCGAGGCCCAACUCCUGGACCGCCUGAGUUCGCUGGGCGGAAAGGUUACCGAGUUGAGUGAGACUGUUCAGCGUCCUGCCGCUCCAGUCGGCCUGAACGAGAAGGAUCGGGCCUACAUACAGGAACUGAAUAACGAAACCCUCAAUGCCUUGGCACAACUUAAGAGCGAGACAUCAGCGGUUCAGAAAUCAGCUGCAACGGAGACCACGGAGCGCCUGCAGCAGACGGAGGCCAAUAUCCAGGCGGACGUUCGUCAGCUCUCCACCGACCUGGGCACCCUCAACAAAUACUUCGCCUCGACGAACGAGAGCAGCGCCAAGCUGAACGAGGGGCUGGAGGCUCUGGGCAAGUUCAACAACAUCAUGAUGACGAACUCGGAGGUGGUGCUGGACACCCAGCGCAAGGUGGACUUCGGAACGCUGAAUGUGGUGCAGCGGGUGGGCAAACUGCUGGAGGUGGAGAUGAACAAGUUGAGCGAGCUGCUGAAGGAGCGAUUCGCGGCACUGGACGAAACGGUGGUGAGCACCCAGCAGGAGGCAAACAAGAACAUCAGCGGACUGCUGGAGACCGAGCUGAAUCAGGUGUGGCACCGCAUCGAGAUCAUGGCCGGCGAGAUUAGCCAGAGCAGGGAAAUGCUAGGAGUGAUCCAGUCCGCCUCCGAUGGCUAUAUCAACAGCACUUUGGCCACGAUGAUGGGACUGGGCAGCAAGGUGGAGGACACCAAGAAGCACAUGAUCGACAUGGACGAGAAUCUCAACUAUCUGCUGGGCAAGUUGUCGCUGAUGUCCAGCGAGUUCGCCAACAUCAAGAAGGGCCUGGCCGAUUCGCUCGAGGAUCUGCGCAACUCCUUCCAUGUGCUGCACGAGCGGAUGCCCACGGGUCCGGGUCCGCAUAACAUUGACAAGAACAAGUAUCUCACCGAUGUGAAUCUCCUGUCCAAGCGCCAUGCUGAGUCUGAAAGGGAGUAAAAGGGAAGAGGGGCUCUGGCCCAGGAAUUAACAAAAUACAAUACUCCUAACCAUAGCGAAUAAGUCUGCCCACUUACAUGUAAACAUAAACAUCUAACCGUUGCGCUUAAAGUA